AUGUCUAAUUCAUUAAAGGUUUGGGCACUUACACUCCUUGCUGCAUCAUCAUCAGUCGUUUCCGGCCUCAAGUACACCGCCAGCGAAGUCGAUUACAACCUCAACACAAACAAACAAGCAAAGGACCCCCUCGAAUACUCCGGAAAGAGGGACAACCACACCUUCCACACAUCACCACCAAAUUGGCGCUUCCCAUUCUAUACGUUAUUCAUCGACCGCUUCGUCAAUGGCGACCCCGAUAACGACAAUGCCAACGGCACUCUUUUCGAACAUGAUAUCAUGAGCAACCAGCUCCGUCACGGAGGAGACGUGCAGGGACUCGUCGACACGUUGGACUACAUUCAGGGCAUGGGCGUCAAGGGUCUCUACAUUGCUGGUUCGCCCUUCAUCAACGACCCGUGGAAGGCUGAUUCGUACUCGCCUCUCGAUCUCACUCUCUUGGACAAGCACUUUGGUAACAUCACGGCAUGGCAACAUGCCAUCGACGAGAUCCACAAGAGGGGGAUGUAUGUCGUUAUGGAUCAAACCAUGGCAACCAUGGGUGAUUUGAUCGGGUUCAAAGGAUACCUCAACGCCUCUACACCGUUCCGGACCGACGAGCACGAAGUUCUGUGGAAGUCGUCUCGCAGAUACCUCGACUUCGACAUUGGAAACACGUACAACAACUCUUGCGAGUACCCUGCUUUCUGGUUCGAGGAUGGCAAGCCUGUCGACGUCUCCAGUCAACUCAAGGGCUGCUACGACAGUGAUUUCGACCAGUACGGCGACAUUGAAGCUUUCGGUGUUUUCCCGGAUUGGCAGCGUCAGUUGGCGAAGUUCGCCUCCGUGCAGGACCGUCUUCGUGAGUGGGUUCCCUCGGUGCGUCAGCGUCUCGAGCUCUUUUCCUGCAUGACCAUCCAGACGCUGGAUAUCGAUGGUUUCCGUAUCGACAAGGCUGUCCAGGUCACUGUCGACGCCCAGGCCGAGUGGAGUACCGCGAUGCGAAAGUGCGCCAAAGAGGUUGGUAAGGAGAACUUCAUCGUCGUCGGCGAAAUCACCAGUGGUAACACUCUGGGUUCCAUUUACUUGGGCCGUGGCCGAACUCCCGAGAUGGCGUCGAGCUUGUCCCUUGCCGACGCUAUCAAGAUGAAGUCCAACGAUUCCGCCAACUCCGGAGUUUUCGUUCGCGAGCAUGGAAAGAGUGCCCUUGACGCCGGUGCCUUCCACUACUCCAUUUACCGUUUCAUGACCCGUUUCUUGGGCCUCAGCGGUAACCUCGAGGCUGGUUACGAUCUUCCGACCGACUGGGUCCAGACAUGGAACCAGAUGGUGCUCACCAACGACUUUUUCAACGCCAACACCGGCGAGUUUGACCCCCGCCACCUGUACGGUGUCACCAACCAGGACGUUUUCCGCUGGCCUGCCAUUGAACUCGGAACUGAGCGCAUGCUGCUCGCCUACUUCAUCACCACCCUGCUUCUCCCUGGUGCCCCGCUUGUCUACUAUGGCGAGGAGCAAGCUUUCUAUGUUCUGGACAACACCGCUGAGAACUACGUUUUCGGUCGUCAAGCGUUCUCUGCUGCUCAGGCAUGGAAGUACCACGGUUGCUACGCCGGCGGCAACUCCGUCUACGUCGGCUGGCCCGUCACAAAGGGUCGCAAGGGUUGCGAGGACGAGACUGUCGCGUACGACCACCGCGAUCCCUCUCACCCCAUGCGCAACUGGAUGAAGCGCAUCUUUUCCUUCCGCGAGGAGUACCCUGUUCUUGAGGGCGGUUGGUUGGUCGAGGAACUGGCGAAGAAGACCGCCGGUGUCCAGUACAAUGGCAGUUCCGUGGCUACUGAGACCGGUAUUUGGAGUGUUGCUCGCGGUUAUCUCAGCAGCGUCCAGACUCAGACCGGUGACCCGGUCUGGCUGGUCUACCACAACAGCCCCAAUGAGACGACCUACACCUUCGACUGCAGCAACGCCGACGAUGCUUUCAUCGCUCCCUUCGACUCCAACACCAAGGUCCGCAACCUGUUCAGCACCGACGCCUCCAUCACCCUCGAAAGCUCUGCGAAGGAGAACAGCUUCAAGGGCGCAGGCCACACCGCUGGCUGCCUCAGCUCCAUCACCAUGACCCCCUUCGAGUUCCGUGCCUACGUUCCCGACACCAAAUGGAUGGACAUUAAGACCGCUGUUACCGGAUUCGAGCCUGGUCACGACUUCCCGAUCGAUUCCACGGACGCCAAUGGUAAAAUUCCCAUCACUCUCAAGUUCUCUACCAAGGUGACUUGCAGCGACAUCACGAGCGCGAUUUCUGCCUACGUCAACGUCGACGGCAACACGAAGACCAACGUCACAUUCGAUACUCCGGUGUGCGGCGACAUGGACCCCAUCGAGAAGGAGUCGUGGACUGGUGCCAUUCCCUCUGUGUACAAGUGGUCCGCCAACCUCCAGAACGUGCCCGAUGGCAUUGUCAAGAUUACCCUUGACCACCCUGCCGGUGACAAGGGCACCAACGCCACCGACCACUUCCUCGUCCGUUUCGGAAAACCUUACAACCCCGUUGUUUUCCCUGCCACUGCCAACUACUCCCGCUCUCUUCUGCAGGAGAGCAAUGGCGAGUACAUGAUCAACCACGCCGCCGCCGGUGCCAAUAAGUGGCGCUACAGCACCAACUGGGGUUCUACCUGGAGCAACUGGCUCGUCUACACUGGAGCCAAGUCCCGCCUGGUUGACCAGUCGUGGGAAGGUACCGAUCUCCAGAAGUGGGAGGGCAAGCACUUGAUCGUUCAGUACUUCAGCCAGCCGCUCGGUUCUUCUUCGUUCUCUCAACACUCCGACAGCAGCGACAUCGCCUAUCCCCGCCGCUGGCCGCACGUCUUCCUCCACGGCCCUUUCAACAAGUGGGGAUACGACGCUGGACUGCCGAACCUCAUGGACCAGACUGGCGAGAACAAGUGGGAGCUUCACUUCAUGUACGAGUGGCCGGCCCAGGUGCAACUCAACCUCUGGGGUAUCAACCCGGACAACCAGCCCGAUGCUUCCUUCAUUUACGGUGACCCCAACGGUGAUGGAGUCCUUGAUCGUCUUCCCCCCAGUUCCUUGUCUGACAACGUUGUCAACCUGACUAGCCCUCCCCCAAUGCCCGCCCUCUCUUACAAGCUGGUUCUCAACGAUGCCACCUGGAACAUCGUUGCCGAGCCCCAGGGCAACAUGUGGAUUCAGAUCGUCUUCUUUUUCCUCCUGGGUCUCAUGCCCAUCGUCCUGGCUGCUCUUGCCGGCUGGAUCUACAUGAAGGGAUUCUACCAAGUCAAGAUCAACAAGUCAGGAUUCUCCAAGAAGGGUUGGUUACCACUCAAGCUCGGGAAUGAGUCCAACAUUAACUUCGGCGAAAAAGGCAAAAGUCUGGAGAUGUCCCAAAUUCCUCCGUCUCCCCUCGUUACACCAGCUGCCGGUGCGGCCACCGGCGGAGCUCCCCGCAGAAAGGUCCUCAUCGCCACCAUGGAGUACAACAUCGACGACUGGAAGGUCAGCAUUAAGAUCGGUGGUCUUGGUGUCAUGGCCAAGCUCAUGAGUCAAGCUCUUUCCCACGUCGAUCUCAUCUGGGUCGUCCCCGUUGUUGGCGACGUCGACUACCCCCUGGAGAACGAAGCCGAGCCGAUGUUUGUCGAAGUUAUGGGCGACUCAUUCGAAGUCAAGGUCUACUACCACGUCCACAAGAACAUCACAUACGUCAUCCUCGAUGCCCCCAUCUUCCGCCAGCAAACCAAGGCCGAUCCCUACAUCGCUCGCAUGGACGAUCUCGAGAGUGCCAUCCUGUACUGCGCCUGGAACAGCUGUAUCGCCGAGUCUAUCCGCCGCUUCAACGUCGACAUCUACCACAUCAACGAUUACCACGGUGCCGCCGCUCCUCUCUACCUUCUCCCGGAGACCGUUCCCGUCUGCUUGUCUCUCCACAACGCCGAAUUCCAGGGCAUGUGGCCCAUGAGAACCGAGGAAGAACAGAAGGAAGUCUACAGCGUUUUCAACCUGCCCCCCAAGGUCGUCAAGGACUACGUUCAGUACGGUUCCGCCUUCAACUUGCUCCACGCUGCUGCCAGCUACCUGCGUAUUCACCAGCGUGGUUUCGGUGCCGUUGGUGUGUCCAAGAAGUAUGGCGAUCGUUCCCUGGCUCGUUACCCCAUUUUCUGGUCUCUGAAGAACAUUGGUCAACUGCCUAACCCCGAUCCUUCCGACACUGGCGAGUGGAACCCCGAGGACGAUGUCUCCAACCACCAAGACGACAUCAAGAUCGACGAGACCUUCGAAGCCAACCGUGCUACCCUCCGCAGACAAGCCCAGGAAUGGGCUGGUCUUGAGGUCAACCCCAACGCUGAUCUGUUCGUCUUCGUCGGUCGUUGGUCUCUGCAGAAGGGUGUCGACUUGAUUGCCGAUAUUUUCCCUACCGUCCUCGAGAAGUACCCGUCCACCCAGCUCAUCUGUAUCGGUCCCGUUAUCGAUCUCUACGGAAAGUUCGCCGCUCUCAAGUUGUCCAAGCUGAUGGAGAAGUACCCCAAGCGUGUCUUCUCUAAGCCCGAGUUCACCCAGCUGCCCCCCUACAUCUUUUCUGGUGCCGAAUUUGCCCUGAUUCCUUCUCGUGACGAGCCUUUCGGUCUCGUCGCCGUCGAGUUCGGUCGUAAGGGUGCUUUGGGUGUUGGUGCCCGUGUCGGUGGUCUUGGUCAGAUGCCUGGUUUCUGGUUCACGGUCGAGUCCAUGACCCCUGCCCACAUGCUUCAGCAAUUCAAGCAGGCCAUCGAGUCCGCGCUCAAGUGCAAGCCGAGAAAGCGUGCUCUCAUGCGUGCAUGGAGUGCCAAGCAGCGUUUCCCCGUCGCGCAAUGGAUCAGACAACUGGAUGCUCUCUACGAUGACUCCAUCAAGAUUCACAAGAAGGAAGCUGCCAAGCAGAAGAAGGCUGGCGGUCUCCGCAACAUUACCGACUCCUCUCUUCGUUCAAGCAUCGCCGUCAGCGAGUACGGCGAUUCAAACGGAGGCUCAAGACCCACGUCUCCUCUCCCGCCCCCGACCCGCGUCGCCAGCCCUCGUGUCCAGAACUCUCCCGAUCUCUCUGUCCCCAACCUGCCUUGGCACAGCAUUCCCUCAUCUCGUCGCAGCUCUUUCUCCAGCUCCAUUGGUGGUGGCCGUGAGAGUAUGAUGAGUGUCGACAGCUUCGCCAUGCGCGCCCAGAACGACGCUUCCUCUCCUGUUACUCCCGGAUUCGGCGAACUGGCCCUCCCUCAGCCAAGCUUCUACAAGCAGCAGCGCAACAGCUCUCAGCUGUCUCUGCCUGAUGUCGUCGGUGACCGCCACGACCUCAAGCUGAUGAACGUGGACCAGAACUUUACCGACAAGAACGGAGAGUUCUACAACGAAUUCGAGCAGAUGCUGAACGACUUGACGGCCAAGAACUCGAUCAACGACCUGUGCAUUGAGAACUACCUCCAGAAGAGUGAGAAGAAGUGGUUUUCCAGAUACCGCGACGCCAAGCUUGGCCGCAGAGACCACAGCCGGUCGAGGAGCCCCAACCCCAGCCGACCCGGCUCAAGUGCUGGCCUCGGUGCCAAGUUCGAUGGAGAGCGUGGCCGCAGCCGCACUCCUAGCGGACUCACUAGUGCUUCUCGCUACGACGACAGCCCCGUUGAUGACGAAUUCCUGUUGGGUGACAACUAUAACGCGCCCACAGGUAUCAAGAAGAUUCUGUCCAUCCGCAUCGGUGACUGGCCCGUCUACGCCUUCUUCCUCUCUUUCAGCCAGGUCAUCUCCAUCAACUCGUACCAGAUCGUCCUCCUUACGGGUGACACGAACCAGACGCCUCUCAAGUUGUACAUCGUUGCCGCGACUUACCUGGUCACGUCCGUCCUUUGGUGGCUGAUGGUCCGUCUGACCAAGUCUGUCUACGCUCUGUCGCUCCCCUGGUUCUUCUUCGGUCUGGCCUUCAUCCUUCUCGGUGUCUCUCCCCUUCUGUCCCCUUGGCAGGCCAGCGCUGCCAUGCAAGACGCCGCCACUGCCCUCUACGCAGCCGGUGCCAGCGCUGGUGCUCUGUCUUUCGCCCUCAACUUUGGUGACGAAGGCGGAGCUCCUACGAAGCAAUGGAUUAUGCGUGCCUUGGCUGUCGCUGGUGUUGCUCAGGUCUACUCCCUGAUGCUCUGGUACUGGGGUUCUCUGACGCACACGCCCGAGACCUCGCCCAUGUCUUUCAUCGACGGCACCAGCAUCCCCAAGGCUCUCGUCAUCUGCAUUCCCGUUGCGAUCAUGCUGUGGGCCAUUGGUAUCAUCCUCUUCUUUGGCCUUCCCGACUACUACCGCCAGGCACCCGACAACAUUCCCGGCUUCUACAUCUCCCUCAUCCGCCGCAAGCUCGUCCCGGUCUUCUUCAUCAUGAUCAUCAUCCAGAACUACUGGCUGUCAGCGCCCUACGGCCGCAACUGGGGUUUCCUGUUCGCUUCCCAGUUCAUCCCCGGCUGGGGCGUCGUCCUCCUCGCUCUGGGCUUCUUCGUCGUCCUCUGGGCCCUGAUCCUCUACGUCUUCUCCUACUUCUCCGAGAGCCACACCUGGCUCCUGCCUAUCUUCGCCAUCGGUCUCUGUGCUCCUCGCUGGGCGCAGAUGCUUUGGGGAACCAGCAGUAUGGGCAUGUACCUCCCCUGGGCUGGUGGCCCCGUCGGCUCCGCCAUCCUCUCCCGUUGCCUCUGGCUUUGGCUCGGCCUCUUGGAUAACAUCCAGGGUGUCGGCCUGGGUAUGAUGCUGCUCGCGACACUCACGCGUCAGCACGUGUUGGCCGUCCUCAUCGGCGCACAAAUCGUGGGCAGUGCCUUCACGAUGCUGGCGCGCGCGACGAGCCCGAACGCCCUGUCGCCCAACACGACGUUCCCCGACUUCUCGCAGGGCCUCAUGCCCGGCAUUGCAAGUUGGUGGUUCUGGAUCUGCCUGGGUUUCCAGAUGGUCAUCCCCAUCUUGUUCUUCAAGUUCUUCAGAAAGGAACAGGUGUCCAAGCCUUAA